UCGUGCAAGUGUUGUGUUUGGUGACGAGUACCGAGAAAAUUAGAAAUUUCCCCAGAAAAUGGUCUCGCUUGGACCUAAAAAAGACGGUGGUCCAAAUGCCGAGUUCUUCACGGCACCGGAAUCACUGCAAGGGUUCGAAACGGUGCGACAAUGGCUGCAGAAAAACUUCAAAAAGUACUUGGCUCCUGAUCCUCCGACAAAGGAAUCAUUAGCGCAAUUAGUAGUACAGUUUGUGCAGUACCAGGAGACCAAACUAGGAAAAAAUGCGCAGGAUCCACCCACUACUAGGUUGCCGAUGCGAUGUUUUAUGGAUUUUAAACCGGGUGGAUCGCUGUGUCAUAUUCUGGCUACGAUGUACCGUUACAAGGCUGAACAGCGCUGGCGGAAAUUCGAUUUUACCGUAAACAAGAACCCUAUGCGUAAGGACCCCAUUAUACAGAUGCUGCUUGACAUGGAGACGGCUCUAAUCGAAGCUGAAUGCAUGCGGCUACCGAUCGUUUACGUUAGGCCCGAAGUGGACAAGGCUACCGCUAAUCGAAUAUCGGACAUUGUCACCAAUCAUCAGGGUGAGAUGACGCUGGACGAGGAGGAGGCGACGCAUAUCAUCUAUCCGGCGGUGGAUCCCUUGCCGGAGGAUUAUGCAAGGCCUACAUUCCGCCGGGAUAAGCAUGUGAUGAUUCAUUGGUAUUACUUUCCGGAUUCGUACGAUACCUGGGUACCGAAUACGUUUGAUUUGCCGGAGGCCGUACCGGAUUCUCCGAUGUCACCGGGUGACCGUUGGCGUGUUUCGCUUUCGUGGGUAACCGAUCUGGAAGAGUACAACGAAUGGAUGGCAGAAGAAGAUUACGAAGUAGAUGAAGCCGGUCGUAAAAAGGUCCACAAACUGCGACUCGGUGUGGAGGAUCUGAUGGCCGGUGGAUCGGACGAUAAAGUGAAGAAAGCUAAAGUUGUUCAUCAGAAGCGCAAACGAUCGCCUUCUCCGCAGGCAAAGGGUGGUAAACGGAAGAGCGGCCGGUCACCGGCCGUAUUCCAAAAAAAGCCUCGUGCCGAUGACGAAGAAUCGGAAGAUCUGACAAAGGAUAUGGACGACCCUCAGCCGGAAACUAAUCUGACUGAGGUGAAGGCUGGUUCGAGCAAUUCUGCUUCAGGUCCGGCCACCCCACAGCCCAAGAGAGAUCCGGAAAUGAUGCCUAUAAAAUAUGCAACAAUGACGGAUCUGGAUGACGACAUUGACAGAGCUAAUGCGGAUCGCACGGGAGAUGAUAGUCAAGCUGGCAAAACCAGCGACAACAGCAAUACUCAGGAGUUCCCUCACAACAAGGACGACCUGGAGGAUAAUGUUACCGAGCAGACGCAUCAUAUUAUAGUUCCAUCCUAUUCGGCUUGGUUCGAUUACAAUUCGAUUCAUGUGGUUGAGAAGCGUGCCCUCCCGGAGUUCUUCAAUGGGAAAAACAAGUCGAAAACUCCGGAAAUCUACCUUGCUUAUCGUAAUUUUAUGAUCGAUACCUAUCGGCUGAACCCAACGGAGUACUUGACCAGCACUGCUUGCCGAAGAAAUUUGGCAGGAGACGUCUGCGCUAUUAUGCGUGUUCAUGCUUUUCUUGAACAGUGGGGAUUGAUCAACUACCAGAUCGAUGCUGAUUCACGUCCUACUCCAAUGGGUCCUCCACCAACUUCACAUUUCCACGUUCUGAGCGAUACCCCAUCCGGAUUGCAACCGCUCAAUCCUCCGAAAACCGCUCAACCAUCGGCUGCUAAAAAUCUGCUUGAUUUGGACAAGAAGCCAGACAAAAAGGAUGACCCAGCUACUCCUGGAGCCAUACCAGGAGCAACGGGAGCUCCCUCCGGUGGCAUGUUGGACGGAAUAAAAACCGAACCGGGAACGAUCACCGCAGAUCCCAACGGCCAAUUCGGUCUUCGAUUGGAUCAGUACGUCAAGAAACCGUCUGCCAUGCGGAACAAGACCGCUGCAAGCAUGUCCCGCGAUUGGUCCGAACAGGAGACACUUCUUUUGCUCGAGGGUCUGGAAAUGUACAAGGAUGAUUGGAACAAGGUGUGCGAGCAUGUUGGAUCUCGUACCCAGGACGAGUGUAUUCUGCACUUCCUGAGACUUCCAAUCGAGGAUCCCUAUCUGGAGGAUGAUAAUACGUAUCUGGGACCGUUGUCCUACCAGCCGAUUCCGUUCAGUAAAGCUGGCAAUCCGAUUAUGUCGACGGUUGCGUUCCUGGCUUCGGUAGUAGAUCCGAGGAUUGCUGCCAGCGCUGCCAAGGCCGCAAUGGAAGAGUUUGCCGCUAUUAAGGACGAAGUCCCCGCUACGAUGAUGGAUGCCCAUCUGAAGAAUGUGGAAAAGUCCAGUUUCGGAGGAAAGUUCGAUCCGUACGCUGGGUUGGCAACAAGCGGCAUUGCCGGUACUGGUCCUGACAAGGAUAAGGAAGAUGAGGAGAGCAAAGUCCCUGGAGCCGCUGGCACUGCCGGCACGGGUGCUCCAGCUACUCCGGGAUCUGCUGAUGUCGAGAUGAAGGAUGGUUCCAAGAAGGACGACGACAAAGAUAACCAAUCUGAUAAAACAGAGAAUUCUUCUCAAGAAGAUGAUACUAAAACGUCUGAUUCUAAUGCUGCGGCAGGAUGCGAUCAGCAAAAGUCAGAGGCCGGAGCAGAAGCCGACAAGGGUAAGGACAAGGAAGGAUCUUCGGAGCUUGCCAAGGAGAAUGGUGACCCGAAGGUAUUUAACGAGGGAAAUCUCCAAUCGGCAGCAGCUGCUGCCUUGGCCGCGGCCGCCGUCAAAGCAAAACAUUUGGCUGCCGUUGAAGAGAGGAAGAUCAAGAGCUUGGUUGCUCUGCUGGUCGAAACACAGAUGAAGAAACUGGAGAUCAAGCUACGACACUUUGAAGAGCUCGAAACAACGAUGGAGCGAGAGCGGGAAGGUUUGGAAUACCAACGACAGCAGUUGAUACAAGAACGGCAGCAGUUCCAUUUGGAACAGCUGAAGGCAGCGGAAUUCCGUGCUCGACAGCAGGCUCAUCAGCGAUUCCAGCUGGAACAAGGUCAGUGGCAGCAGCCUGCGAUAGGUGGUGCUCCAGCAGCUGGCGUUACUCCUCCUCAGCAACAGCCUGCCCAAGGACCUCCGCAAGGCCCACCCGGACCAGGCCAGGCCCCUGGAACUAACCCUCAGCAGCAGCCACCAAUGCCAUCUACCGGGGGACAACCUGGAGCUCCAGUGCCGAACAGCGCCAGUACACCCAGCAGCAACGGAAUUAUCUCUGUUCCUCCUACUACGAUGCCUAUCGAAGGUUCUACGCAAAAUAACAUCAUGCCCCCGACGGCACCUGGUCAACCGCCGUCCUUGCAGCAUGUGCAGGGCCCUCCAGGUCCACCGCCGUUGCCGCCGACAUUGCCACCACAUCCGGGACAUCCCGCAGCUGGUGCACCAAUGCCUGGAGGUCCGCCUGGUGGUCCUCUUCUGCAGCAGCAGCCGCCGCCACCACCACCACCACCGGCGAAUCCACAUCAUCCUCCAACAGGGCCAAUGUCGCAACAGCAACCGCCCCUACCCCCACAGCAGGCCCCUCUGCCCCCUACCCAAGGACCACCUCCACCAGUACAGGCAGGGCUCGGAGGCGCUCCAAUGCCCGUCGGACCCCCACAGGGUCCUCCCGGCCCACCUCCUUCCAGCGGUCCUAUUCCUCCACCUUCUUCUUAAAUCGCUGAAGUUUUGCAACCAUUGUGACACAAAGGCUCUUAGGCGUAUCCGUGCUAGCCUUUCUCUCAGUAUAUGACUUAUAUUUAUCAAGCUCUGAUAAGAUUAAUUGUAACAUGCAUUCGAUUUUGCGACUAAUUUCACUUUUGUCCACAUUGUGUCCAACUGAUUCAAGUUUUCCCAUUUAUCUUCGAAACAUCGAGUGUUAAUGUAUUGCUACAAUUAGGGCGAAUAACAUUUUCAUCAGUAAGGACACUACUCCAAACAAGGGGUUGUCACUGAUCAAGAUGUCUUCACCCAAUGUGAAUCAGUGGCAUAAUUCCAACGAUUCCGUUUCUACCGAUUUUGGGGCCGAUAGAUGUAUAUUUAGUUUUUAAAUUCUGUGGGAGUGCGACAUUGAUGCAGCAUUAUCUAUACAGAGGAUGGACCGCUCGGGAUCCGUAUAGACAGUAAGAUUAAUAUAUC